GGCGGCGCACCGGAAGCGGGCCGGGGGAGCGGCCAUGCUGGGCGCGGCGGUGCUGAGGCGGGUGGCUGUGGUGGGCGGCCGCGCAGCUAGCGGCGGCGGGCAGAGCCGGGACCCGGGCCAGGGCCAGGGCCAGGGCCCGGGCCCGGGCUCAGGCUCAGGCCGGCCGCAGCCGCUGGAGCCGUCGCUGCUACGCUUCCUGGUGUGCCCGCUCUCCAAGCGGCCGCUGAGGUACGAAGAAGCGACCAACGAGCUCAUUAACGAGGAGCUGGGCAUCGCCUACCCCAUCAUCGACGGCAUCCCGAACAUGAUCCCAGAGGCUGCCAGGAUGAUUCAGAAGAAGCCCCCAGCUGAGGGCUCGAAGCAGCCCUGA